AUGAAUUCAAGACUUCUUAGACCUUCAACACCUAAAAAACCUUUCGAUCCUAAUUUAAUUAGAUCAUCAGCUAAAAAACCUUUCUAAUUCAAAACAUAACAACCAAUAAUACUCAUCAUAGAAUACUACCAUAUUAAUAUUUGA